AGCCAGACCGGGAUGCCGCCCUAGUCCGGGCCGGCGGGCCCCACCCGGCCACCCCGCUGCAGCAGAGCCGGGUGCCGACAGCCAAUGGGAGAGCAGGAGGUGGGCCGGCUUAGCGUUGUCACCCUCCCCUGGAGAAGGAGGAGGAGGAGGAGGAGGAGGGGAAGGAGAGAGGCGGAGAGAGAAGCGUCCGCGUCUUCUCCGCCUGCGAGGGAGGAGGAAGGAGCGGCGUCCCCGGCCCCGGCACCAAAGCGGAGGGAGGACCCUAGGCCGUCUCGGGAGUCUCAGCGGAGCGCAGCGCAGCCAGGAGCCCCAGGGCUGGGCUCGCCUUCGCCGGCACCAUGAUCGCCGCGCAGCUGCUCGCCUAUUACUUUACCGAAUUAAAGGAUGACCGGAUCAAGAAGAUCGACAAGUACCUUUAUUCCAUGCGGCUCUCAGAUGAAAUGCUUAAUGAGGUCACAAAACGAUUUAAGAAAGCUAUGAUACGUGGCCUCUCCAGAAAUUAUAAUGUAACUGCUUCUGUGAAGAUGCUGCCAACAUUUGUGAGAUCCAUUCCUGAUGGUUCAGAAAAAGGAGAUUUCAUCGCUCUGGAUCUUGGUGGGUCUUCUUUUCGAAUUUUACGAGUGCAAGUGUCUCAUGAGAAAAAUCAGACUGUUCAGAUGGAAUCAGAGGUUUAUGAAACGCCUGAGACUAUAAUGAAUGGCAGCGGAGUCCAGCUUUUUGACCAUGUUGCUGAAUGCCUGGGUGACUUCAUGGAGAAGAAGAACAUCAAGAACAAGAAUUUACCAGUUGGAUUUACCUUUUCCUUCCCCUGCCGACAGACGAAGAUUGAUGAGGCUGUCCUGAUCACCUGGACCAAGCGCUUUAAAGCCAGUGGUGUGGAGGGAUCUGAUGUGGUCCAGCUGCUCAACAAAGCAAUCAAGAAACGAGGGGAUUAUGAAGCCAACAUCGUGGCUGUCGUAAAUGAUACCGUGGGGACGAUGAUGACUUGUGCCUUUGAUGACCAGGAGUGCGAAGUGGGCCUGAUCAUUGGUACUGGCACCAACGCCUGCUACAUGGAAGAGAUGCGGCACAUCGACUUGGUGGAGGGAGACGAGGGGCGCAUGUGCAUCAACACGGAGUGGGGGUCCUUCGGGGACGAUGGCUGCAUCAACGAGUUUCGCACAGAGUUUGACAAGGAGAUCGACCGAGGAUCCCUCAAUCCUGGGAAGCAGCUGUUCGAGAAGAUGGUCAGCGGCUUGUACAUGGGGGAGCUCGUCAGACUGAUUAUUGUGAAGAUGGCCAAGGGGGGCCUCCUGUUUGAGGGGCACAUCACGCCCGAGCUGCUCACCAAAGGGAAAUUUGAAACCAAGAAUGUGUCUGCCAUUGAGAAAACUAAGGAAGGCCUCCAAAGAGCCCAAGAAAUCCUGACCAACCUCGGCUUGGACCCAUCUCCUGAAGAUUGCAUCUCUGUCCAGCAUGUGUGCGCCAUUGUCUCACAUCGAUCAGCCAAUUUGGUGGCUGCCAUGUUGGCUGGCAUCUUGUCUCGCCUGAAAGAAAACAAGGGUGUGUCUCGGCUUCGUACCACUGUUGGUGUUGAUGGGACGCUUUACAAGUUUCAUCCACAGUAUUCCCGUCGAUUCCACAAGACCCUGCGGCGCUUGGUACCUGACUGCGACGUACGCUUCGUCCUCUCUGAGAGCGGGAGCGGGAAGGGGGCUGCCAUGGUGACCGCUGUGGCCUAUCGUUUGGCCGAGCAGCACAGGCAGAUGGAGGAGAUACUGGCCCCCCUCAAGCUCAGCAGGGAACAACUCAUGCAGGUGAAGAACAGAAUGCGGAUAGAGAUGGACCUCGGCUUACAGAAGAAGACCAACAAAACGGCCAAAGUGAAGAUGCUGCCGUCCUUUGUCUGUGGCACCCCCGAUGGGACUGAGAACGGAGACUUCCUGGCCCUUGAUCUUGGUGGCACAAACUUCCGGGUCCUGCUGGUGAAGAUCCGAAGUGGGAAGAAGAGAAGCGUUGAAAUGCACAACAAGAUCUACGCCAUCCCUGAGGAAGUGAUGCAGGGCACCGGGGAGGAGCUCUUUGACCACAUUGUCUCCUGUAUCUCUGACUUUCUGGAUUACAUGGGCAUCAAGGGUGCCCGGAUGCCCCUAGGCUUCACCUUUUCCUUCCCUUGCCAACAGACGAGCUUGGAUGGGGGCAUCUUGCUCACGUGGACUAAGGGAUUCAACGCAAGCAACUGUGUAGGAAACGAUGUGCCCACCUUGCUGAGAGAAGCCAUUAAAAGGAGAGAGGAAUUUGACCUGGAUGUUGUCGCGUUGGUCAACGACACAGUGGGCACCAUGAUGACCUGCGCCUACGAAGAGCCGACUUGUGAGAUUGGACUCAUUGUAGGGACCGGAAGCAACGCCUGCUACAUGGAAGAGAUGAAGAAUAUUGAGAUGGUCGAGGGAAACGAGGGACGGAUGUGCAUCAACAUGGAGUGGGGUGCUUUUGGGGACAACGGGUGCCUGGAAGACAUUAGGACAGAGUUUGACAGAAUUGUGGAUGAUUAUUCCCUCAAUACUGGCAAACAAAGGUAUGAGAAGAUGAUUAGUGGCAUGUACCUGGGAGAGAUCGUCCGAAACAUUUUAAUCGACUUCACUCGAAAGGGUUUCCUGUUCCGAGGUCAGAUCUCUGAGGCCUUGAAAACCCGGGGAAUCUUUAAGACCAAGUUCCUAUCUCAGAUCGAAAGCGAUAGGUUAGCCCUGCUCCAAGUGCGAACAAUCCUGCAGGAUCUGGGCCUGAACAGCACCUGUGAUGACAGUAUCCUCGUCAAGAAGGUCUGCGGGAUCGUGUCCAGGAGGGCUGCCCAGGUCUGUGGGGCCGGGAUGGCAGCCGUCGUGGAAAAGAUCAAGGAAAACAGGGGCCUGAAGACGCUGAAUGUGGCCGUGGGAGUCGAUGGGACGCUUUACAAACUUCAUCCUCACUUCUCCAAGGUCAUGCAGCAGACCGUGAACGAGUUGGCCCCCAACUGUAAGGUGAAAUUCCUCCUCUCAGAAGACGGCAGUGGGAAGGGAGCGGCUCUCAUCUCGGCCGUCGGGGUGAGGCUCCGCGAGGCCAAGGCCAAGGCCAGCUAAGAGCCCCCCCCGCCCCAACCAGGAGAAGCCUCUCCCCCCUUCCCCCCCCCCCUCUGUGCACUCCUCCAUUUUCCUUCCUUGGGUAGCCUGAACUGAACGCACACCGGACCCUGCCGACGUAUGGAGCCCUGUACACCUCAAGGCAUAAAGAACUUGGGUGCAAAAUUAAGUGUGUGCUGUUGAUAAUAUCUCUCACCCGGGAGCCCCAUCCCUCCUGCCCUGCCCUGCCACCUUCUGUCCUCCCCCGUCACUGUUCUGCAUGUUUUCAUUUCCAUUGGGUUGUCCAGUUUCCACACGUGAGUUAGUGAAGUCAGUUCCUAAUUUAUAUAGUCAUCUAAGUUAUUUAUUGAUUUGACGUGAAAAGUUCCAGCCGCCCAAUAGACUCUACUCCCCUGCUGCCCUCGGGAACACGUCCUCUCUGUGAAAUGUAUUAUCACGGCAAAUUGUGUCUAGACACCCAUGGCUGCCCCAGAGUUACUCCAAAAUCAGAGGGCUCCUUCCGUCCCAGUAGCGAAAGCCAGCCAUCUCACUUCCUAAGGUCCCUGUUGGGAAGGGGCUGUGCCGGGCCGUGCUGUGAGGGUCUGGUGAUUGCCUGCUGCAUCUGAUGGUCUAGCCCUGCGUGGGUGCGUGUGUGUGUGUGUGUGUGUGUGUGUGUGUGUGUGUGUGUGUGUGUGUGUCUCUCGGAGGGAGGGUCUGGAAGGGGCCUCACCUCAGUUCUUCUCCCCUUUGUUCCCUGAAGGCUCUCUCUUGCUUCCCGUUUUAUCCUUGGACUGCCUCAUUGUUUUCACGGGCCGUGUCUUGUGUGACUCUGUAAACUCUGUACCAUUCCAACAGUCACUGGGCCAGUUGUGGCUGUGGGAGGGGGGCUCCUUCUCAAAGUGUGGCCAAACCAAAAUGCCCUGUAGAUUCCUGUGAAUUUGGAGGGGUUCUGGUUGGUUCAUGUCCCUAAGCCCACCCUUCUCCCCAGCCCUGCCCAGAAAGACUCGAUGUGGUGUGACUGUGUAUUGUCCACCUUUCCGUGUUGUGUGUGAUGAGAGUCUCUCCCUCCCUGUGUCUAGUACUGUAUCCCAGCAGUCAUCCUGCCAGCCCCCCUCACUCUGCCAGUAGUCUCCAGUCAGAGUGCCCCCUUCACCCCAUCAUGAUGAGGGGUAACCAAAUGAAAUGAUGAGUCGGUCUCACUGGCCUCCUUACCUCCCCAAGCUGGGGCCCAGGGGAAGCCACUUAAAACCCCAGAAUGAUAGAGAUGAAAUGAGAAGGGACCUCAGAAGUUAGAGCGACUCGCAGCUCAGAGGCAGGAUUUGAACCCAGAGCUGGUGUUUUUUCACUGGACCAUCUAGAAUUGGAGAUGGGAGGGCCUGGUUUGAAUUUCAUGAGGAGAUGGGAAUAACCGCUCUUCUACCUGCCAUUUCCAAACCAAGGCCCUUCUGUCCCUCUUUGGCCUAACCUGGAGUCAUGAAGCUAAAUAAAUGCUCCCCUGACCAGUUGUUCCCAUGCAAACACUAGCGAUCCUUUGAACUGGCGUGUGCCCUGCCAGGGCCAGGUGAAGUUGACAGGCUCCAUUUUUAUCUCUUCCUGUUCAUGAGGUACUCCCUCCCGUGGGAGGCAUUCACCUGGCCCCAACCCCCAACUCCACUCUGCCUCCAAGAGAGUCUCAGCCUCUGGCUUCCUUGUCCCCAGCCGCCAUCUUGAAUUCCCUCCCCUCCUCCUUCAUGGAUUCCAUUUGUGUCCUGACGCACUGUGAUUGACUGAAUGUUGUGAGGUGCCACGUUCGUCUGCUUUGCUGUUACUACAGUUUGUGGUGUGUCCACCUUCAGGGACUGCAUGCCCACUUGGUUAGGACAGGGAGGAAAUCUUUCCAUAUGUUGCAUCGGCAGUGACCGUGCCCGCGGCACAGUGCUAUUUGUGGAGAAAACAGACAAACAUCAUUAAAAUUUUUUGAUGUCGGCUCAA